CCCUAAUCUUCAAAGAAGCCCUCUCCAAUCUACUCUUAAGUCUUGAUUCACUCACACUCAUGGCAGGUCAGGGUCUCUGGGAAAGAAAGAAAAUGGGUGUGGUUCCCAACUCAAGCCAGAAACCUCUGUUCUGCGUAAAAUGGCCAUGGCACCAAGCUUCAAACACCAACACCUGCAACUUCGACGGUCCAUGGCUCUUCACCUCUCUCCGAAACCUCGGUUCCCUCGCUCUCAAUUUCGCCGCCACUGUCACGUCGUCACAACAAACGAAGGUGAAAAUGGCCACCGGUGAAAUGGCGUUGGAUCAGGCGGAGGCGGAGCAUAGGGCGUUCGCGGCGGCUCUGGCCAGCGGGAAGGAGGCGACGGUGCUCGAGUUCUAUUCUCCAAGGUGCAGGCUCUGCAGCUCAAUGCUCAAAUUCGUCUCCGAAGUUGAGUCCAGGAACUCUCAAUGGCUCAACGUUGUUAUGGCAGAUGCUGAGAAUGAAAAAUGGCUGCCGGAGCUGCUUAAUUAUGAUGUUACGUAUGUUCCUUGCUUUGUGCUUCUUGACAAGCAAGGAAGAGCUCUAGCGAAAACAGGUGUUCCACACAGUCGUUUACAUGUUAUAGCUGGCGUCUCCCAUCUUCUCAAAAUGAAGCGUCCUCAACAAAAUAGUACAUGAUGCGAAGAGUCUCUAUUAUCAUUUAUAUGAAACUAACAUUAUACAACAUUGGCCAGAGAUAAUUGAGACGGGAUUACGGUUUCAGGUGAGAUUUUAUCCCGUUUGUAAGUUUAAUCAUAGUAAGUAAUGUAUAACACAAGCCCAUCAUGUAGUUAUCCUUCUUAAAUUUAUUUAGUUAGUUAAAAUUCGAUUACCUUUUUAUAUUAACUAUUCAUCUUGCCUUGUUCCUCUAUUUUCUUCCUUUCCAAAGCUCUAGAUUGAUAUCGUGUAUCAUGUUGAGGAUAAUAUCAGCCAGUGAGAGUUAGUGGAAGUUAGAAUUUGUUAUGUAGUUGGGCUGAGCUGCCACCUUUUCUGUCAUGAUUUCUGUUACUAGAUGAGUGAGUUUGUUAUGUAGUUGGGCUGA